AUGAUGGCUGGAACAGCUGUUUGGCGAACCCGCGGCUCGGGAGCGAGCUUGGGCCGAGCGACGGCGUGGUGCACGCAGGCGACGGCCCGGACGGUGUUUCAGGCAAUGAGGGGGGAGGCGGUGGUGGGCCUAUCGGCACCUUUCGGAAGGAGGGAGAGCGGUGGUGACGGGGUCGCUUUUGGGGGAUGUUUCGCGUUGAGGUUUGUCUGUUCCGCACUUCCCCCCGCCCACGUCGUCACCGCUGAUUUCCCCAAUCCACGACCUGGCGCUACUGUCUUCAUGGGGGACUCGGGCGCUGUGAUCCACGCCGUAUCCUCAGGCGAGAAGGUCUACAACCGGGGGGAACCGGGUCCGGACGAGCGCCGUCUGAUGGUUGGUGAUGGCGCGUGUAUGCCGGUGUCCUUUUUCGGCGAUCUGGAUUUGCUUUUGCACUGCGAUGAGGACGUGCUUGUGACGCUGAAGAACGUUGCUGUCGCGCAUGGUCUAGUGUUGAACCUGAUCUCGCUGAACCGCGUGCAGGAGCGCCACAGGAUUGUCCUUGACCACGCAGGGGCUUCGUCUAUGGAGGGGAAAGUGAAGUUUACGAAGUAUGAUGACGGCAACUUCGUGCAGGCUACCCGCGUUGCGCAUGGUCCUCGGCGUGACUCCCGACCCCUCCCCGUGCUAGCGGCGGCCGCGAUGCGGCCGGGCCCGCCGCGCAGCAUGAACAUCAACGACUUUCGCUACUCCCUCGGCCAUGCCAGCUACAAGAACCUGGUCGAAACUGCGGAGCAGCUGGGCGUCAAGCUGACUGGCGUUCAGGAGUACUGCGAAGGCGAUAAAGAUAAAGCGCGCUGUCCCCAAGGUCGCCCACCGUUCGCGGAAGUCAUCACGGCCCAUGGAGCGUGUUUUCAUGCAUCUGGCGGGGCCGUACACGGCGUCUACGGGUGGAACCAGUUGGCUGCGAACGGCGAACUGGGUUGCGUUUUCACGGACAACGGAACCGGGUGGACAAACGACGAUUUCCGUGGGAUGCUGGCCGGUUUGAACAUCGCGCGGGAGCUCACGGCGGUCGACGGCCCCAAGAGCAACGAGCGUGUGGAGAGGAGGAUCGCGUUGGUGAUGGAUGGGGCUAAAACGGGGUGGCACGAGUACCGCAAGCACUUCCCUGACCGUGUUUCCUGCGCGUGCGGCGGUCUCCGCAGCCAUCUGGCCCGAGGCGUGAUAUCGCCACCGGACUCGCCCAACCAAGGUGGACAGAAAAGGGAACGCUGUUUCUAUCUCGAUUCCGGGAGCGACAACUCGUCCAACACCGUCAACAUUAUCCUGCCGUCGGGUGUCGCCACGUACUCGGCGCAAGUCACUUUCGGCUACCGGCGCCAGGCAUUCGGGGGAGAGGUACCCACUUGGGGGGCUGGAGCCGUGGCAUCCACGCGGCCGUGGGCGUUUGCGCCGCUGUCGGAUGAGCACGUGGCACCGGCGGCUGCGGCGUCUUAUUCCCCUGGGGGGGGUCUUCCCCCCGGGGCCUCGGCGGCUGCGGCGUCUUCUUCCCCUGGGGGGGGUCUUCCCCCCGAGGCACCGGCGGCUGCGGCGUCUUCUUCCUCUGGGGGGACUCUUCCCCCCGGGGCAUCGGCGGCUACUACGGCGUCUUCUUCCUCUGGGGGGGGUCUACCCCCCGGGGCCUUGGAUGGUGGCCCGUUUGUCGGUGGAGCAGCUGUUGGAGGGCGUGUGGUGCAGCGUGCGCCGAAGAGCGGGGCGGAGCGUAGGCCGGUACCGGCGGGGGUUCCACAGGCGCGAGCGGGCUCGCACAACCACAUCUGGGCGGAGGCGGAGCGCAAGGAGUUUGCUGGGCUGCGGUCUGUGGGAACUUUCGUGGAGCACGGGGGGGCGUUCGUUCAGUCGAAGUUGGAUGAGGAUGUGUUCGUUCGUCUCCCCCAGGGUUGUGGUGCACUUUCUGGCAAGGUGGUGAAGCUGGGGCGAAGUCUGUACGGGUUGCGUCAGGCUUCGCGCACGUGGCACAAACACUUGAUGCGCGGAAUGCAGCGUCUUGGGUGUGAGUCAUGUGCUGCUGAUGCGUAUGUGAUGCGUCUGAUUGAGGAUGGUGUGGUGACUAUGGUGGCUGUAAUACACGUAGAUGACAUAUUUUCCAUCGGGCGUAAGAGCCGGUGUGACCAGUUUGGCGUAGACCUCAACCUGGCGCAAAGGAGCGUUACCCUGUCCUCGACGGAGGCCGAGUACGUGUCUCUGUCGGAUGGGAUGAAGGAGACUAUUUUUUUGCGGUACUUGUGGAGUUUCAUUUUUUCAAACCGGGACGUGGGGUGUACUUUGGUUCACGAGGAUAAUGUUGGGGCUAUCCACUUGGCGAGUAACCCGGCUACUACCCCGAACUCGAAGCACAUCGACAUUCGACACCAAUGUAUCCGAGAGCGUGUAGCGCGGGGGGAGUUUCGUAUAGUGCAUGUGCGAUCAGACCUUCAACGAGCGGAUUUUCUGACCAAAGCGCUGUCCAAAGAAGCUUUUUGCGCCCACCGCGAUUUCGUGAUGAAUCUGCGCUGA